UCGGAGAAAAAUGACGUGUCCUGUGUCACAACUGAGAAGUGACUGGUGCAGGCCUGUACAGGUGACAGGAUGUUUUAAUUCCGGUUUUAUCCGGGAUAUGCUGCUGUGUGCGUCCAUCGUAUAAAAGGCCAAAAAGUCCCUGAGUCAUUCUCAGUCAGUCAGAAACAUCUGGACUGGUUUGGCACGAAGUACUAGCAGUAUCACCAGCAUCACUUCUUUGCAUAAGCGGUAAGAUCUACCCUUAUGCAACGUGUGCCUUCUUGUUUCAUAACUUGGGACUUAUCCUUUACUUGACGGUGUCACGGUUUACUGGCUGCGUGGACGAAGCUCGCAAAGAGACCGGAAACCGGACAUUUUACCCUUACAGUCACAUACAAGAUGGAAGGUCUGCUAUUCCGGGUGGCGGGACAUGAGGACUACCCGGCUAUGCUGAGGGUGUCGGAAGGCGUUCACAACGGCUGUGACUUCCUCCCCGCACUCUUCCACUGCUGGGUGGACCAGCACAACAGGACAAUCCACCUAGCGGAAUUGGAUGGAACCGCAGUUGGUCUAAUCAGUACGUACAUCGUGGACGGCGGGGACACGGUCCUGGUGCAGGCCUGGCGGGUCCACCCGAGCUGCCGGGGGAAGGGCGUGGGGCGGCUGCUGCGCCAGUACGCGCUGAACCAGGCCCGGCAGCAGCACCCGGGCCUCAGGCGGGAACGCUACUCCGAAAACGCCGCCAUCUUCGACUCCAAGACCCGGACAACCGACGACGGGGUGAGGGAGGUCAUGAGACAGGUAAACGGAGGCCCUGUUUAUGUUCACAAAAUUAAUCCGGAUUAAUCCGAAUUUGUCGUCAAUCCGAAUUAAUCCGGAUUGACUUAGCGGAUUGCCCCUUUUUUUAAACCAAAAAUGUUUGGCGUCGAAAAUUUGACUGAUGGUGCAAAAGUGGGAAGA